UUACACCUCAAAAAGGAUUUUGUGAGACACCUCAAGGAUUUUGAUGAUCUGAGCUGUUGCAGAAAGGCCAUCGUCAUUAAAUAUUAAGAGAGAGGAGAUCCUAACAUUGCAACCCUCCUUAUCAAUGCAAAUACCUCUUUUGUGUGAAGUCACAGCGCCUGUCUGGGAGCUGAGAUGCAUUUUUAAUUAUGUGUGACUGAAACAAACUGUGACAAGGACCUUUAUAAAAGCGGGGGAUUACAGAAAACAAGCUGCAUUUACGCGGAUGUCAGGAAAACAGUGAUUGUGGUGGUGCAGCCAUGAACUCCCAGGAUCCUCCUGCCAAAGAUGCCCCACUUACAGUCAAUGAGCAGGUCAUUGUGAUGUCCAGCCAUGAGACUAUUCGUGUGCUAGAGGUAGAGGUCGAUGCAUCUCUGCCAUCAUCAGUGCCCGAUGGGAAGAGUGAAGUCAAAGCUGAGGAGGGAGUGGCUCGGCCUGGAGGGCAAACCGAGGCUGGCAGCAUACAGGACGGUCCCACUUUGCCCCAGAGCACUGGGGAAGUAGCGCUGAGUGAGCAGCAGGUGCUGUCUGUCGAGGUUCCGGCCCCUGCUGUCCAAACGCUGACUCCUGCUGUUCCCGUCAGUUUGUCCCUGUCGCAGCCCCAGGCCGCCAUGCCAUUCACUGUACAAGGCUGUUCACAGGUGCUGACCCAAGAAAGUUUGGCCACUCUGUUGACCAGUAUGAUGGCCCAGACAGGAUCUCUGGGGCAGCCCUUGCUCAUCCCCCUCAGUAUGGCGGGCUCCAUCGGAGGCCAGGGGGGUCUGGCUUUUCUCACCUUACCUACCACCAACGUAGCUUCUCACCCCGGCCUCACAGCAGCUAACACAGCUGGAAACCUUCUCAAACUGCCCUUUGCUGGCGUCCAAGCUGCGACGGUGCUGAACUCUGUUCAGCCCCAACUGCAGACGAGCGCUCAGACGAUGUUCCAGCCUUCAGCUGCCGUGCAGGUGAUGUCGGCGGCGGCCCAGGCGGCCAAUACUGUCUCUCAGUCCAACAUAUCGUUAGCAGCGCUCCAGUCUGCAGGACUCUCUAUCAAUCCUGCCAUUAUCAAUGCUGCCUCUUUGGGAACUCAGCCCCAGUUCCUCAGUUCCCUCACCUCCACUCCUAUCAUCACUAAUGCCAUCUCCAACAUGGCUGGCAUCACCAGCCAGAUCAUCACAAAUGCUCAAGGACAGAUCAUAGGAACCCUCCCUCUUUUGUUGAACCCAGCCUCUCUGGCUGGAGCGGCUGGGACACCCACCCUCCAGGGCCUCCAGGGCCUCCAGGGCCUCCAGGGUCUCCAGGGUCUCCAGAGCCUCCAGGGCCUCCAAGGCCUCCAAGGUCUGCAGGGAUUCCAGGGUCUGCAAGGACUGCAAAGCUUGCAAGGCCUGCAAGGUCUCCAGGGUCUCCAGGGUCUCCAGGUCCAGACGGUCACCCCCCAGCUGCUUGUCAACAGCCAGGGACAGAUUAUUGCCACAGUCGGGAAUGGAUCUGCAGUUGUAACUUCUGCUGCAGUGCUGCCCAAAGCGGCUGCUCCCCCAACACUUACCAAACCUAUCACACAGGCCUCAGUAACAACUGUCAGCCAGUCACCAAUUGUCAUCGCCCCGCAGCCGUCGGUACUGAAGCAUGCCACCACGCUCUCCUCCAUCACCUUUGGAGACAUCGCAAAAGUGGGACAGCUUGUCAGCAAACCCCACCAGGUAGUCAGCGGCGAGGAGGGCAUUAAUCUGGAAGAGAUUCGAGAGUUUGCCAAGACUUUCAAGAUCCGUCGGCUCUCCCUGGGGCUUACUCAGACACAAGUAGGGCAGGCUCUCACUGCAACGGAGGGUCCUGCCUACAGCCAGUCUGCCAUUUGCAGGUUUGAAAAGCUGGACAUCACGCCCAAGAGUGCUCAGAAGUUGAAGCCGGUGUUGGAGAAGUGGCUGGCUGAGGCUGAGCACUGGAACCAGAAAGGCCAGCAGAAUCUGAUGGAGUUUGUUGGCGGUGAACCAUCCAAAAAACGCAAGCGGCGUACUAGUUUCACCCCGCAGGCAAUAGAAGUUCUUAACUCCUACUUUGAAAAGAACGCAUUGCCAACAGGUCAAGAGAUUACAGAAAUGGCAAGAGAGCUAAACUACGACCGAGAGGUUGUGCGAGUGUGGUUCUGUAACCGGAGGCAGACGCUGAAAAACACAAGCAAAAUCAAUGUCUUCCAGGUUCAGUAAGGACCUCGUUCUGCGAGGGUUGGCCACUGACCCUUUUUGGCGUCGUUGGAAGUUGAACAUUUAAUACAGCGACACGGUUGGGAAUUUUGUUGUAACUAAAAGCUAAACUAUUAAGAAGUAUGUACUUUUAUAGAAAAUAAAGGAAAUUACACAUAAUUCAAGUGUAACGACAGAGUACUAAAAAUAAUUUGAUAUUGUAUUUUAAGUCUGUACAACUCCUGUGUGGUGGGUUUCAAGUCAGACUGCAUGGUUAUUUUAUCAUUAAGUGAUAAUAAUACAGCGAUUACAUCAUAUUUAACCCUCCUGAUGCCUUCGGGUCAAUUUGACCCGAUUCAAUGUUUAACCCUCCUGUUACCUUUAUAUUUACUGACAUAUUUUACCCGUGGGGUCAAUUUGACCCCAGCAAUUAAAACCUCCAGAAAAUUAUUAGAAUUAAUAUUGUUUUCCAAGUUUAAGUGUGAGGUACUUUAUGUUUGUUUGUUGACUACCGAAAGAACACCGACAUUAAACAUUGAAUCGGGUCAAAUUGACCCGAAGGCAUCAGGAGGGUUAAAAACAUUUGGUGAACUUUUAUACAACUGAUUUUAUAGGCAAUCCCUCUGAAUUAUAAUAAGUGGCAGUGCAUUGAGUCACAUUGAUUUUAGUCACAUAAUUGUCACGUCACAAUGGGUGACAUUACGCUGAUAUUUGAAUAACCGGCACAGUUCUUGCCGCUCAUUUAUUUUGUAUUCCUGUAAUAUUUUUACGACAUGAGAAGCUUUGCAAACAUAAAUAAGCCUCUGUAGACUAAAAAUAGGCAAAAGCGUAUAAACUUAUUUUAAUCAGAAUUUGUUGUCAAAUUAAUGCCAGAACUGAUUUUGUAAUCUAUGGACUCCUGACUCUGCAACAAUCUUUUGGGACAAUCAUCAUUUUGAUAUUUCAUAUUGAUAUUUACAAAGAUGAGCCUAACAUCUGUCAUUUCAUAUUCUUUGAUCAAAACAGUGGCUUGAGAGCGUUUUUUGAUGGUCCUUGGAAAACAAGUUCUUAUCAAAAUAUUAUUAUAGCUUCAGCUAUUGUCUAUGAUGCCACAACUUGUUGUUGUUGUAUUUUAUAAUGUUUCUUUAAUUUGUGAUUUUGCAAAUACACAUCCUGUAUGUAUGUGUGGGUGAAUUAUGUGUGAAUUCACAGUCUGCCUGUUUUUACACUUUGUGUUUCAUGUGCUGAUAAUACUCUGAGAGUAUUUCGUGUUUCCUCUUUAGUCACAGGUGUGACUGUUCCCUCAAUGACUUUACUGGUUCUGCAGCAUUAUUGUUUCAUCUCAUGUUCGAUAAAGUGUAUGUUAAAAUCAGGAACUCAAUUGGACUAUUAUGAAGGCAGUUUAAAACAUUAUUUCGUUGCACUAGGUUUUUAAAUACUCUUACGAUGCCAAAUUACAAAAAAUGCAAUUACCUGUUCAGCCAAGAAAUGGGUUUUGUUGUUAAUAGGAAAUUCAAUUUGAAUUAGUUUGAAAAGUGUUUGCAUGUGCAGUAUGAAGUUAUUUUCUGUAUAGGAACAAAACUUUGGCCAUUUUCUUUAUCUUUGCCAAUGCCAAUUAUUCAAGAAUUAUUUGCACUUUAGUGACAGUAGGGGAAGUAAAAGGGAUACAGACGGUUUGUGUACAGUGCAAGGUUUAAAAGUUAUGAAUGUGGGAUAAUUUAAAUUGAACAGCAAGAAUCUUUGCUUUGAAAAAUGUAGCAGUACUGGCAAAAUUGCAAUCAUCUACUAAACAAACAACAUCUAUCACUAAGAAUAAUGUACUUUUAUGCAGAAGAAAUGUAAAAUACUGCAGUUUAAAUGUACAUGAUAAUAUGCAUUAAUCAAAUUUUUUUAUUUUGAUGAAUUACAUGGUGCAUAUUUUCCUUUUAAACAAUUUUGAAUAAAUGGGCCUAUUUUGCAAUGGACAAUAUUACAAUGUUCUUGCAAUAAUGUGUUUUCCUUCAUGUUCAUUAUGGAAGGAUAAUACAUAGUAUUGUUUAAUACACUAAUUUAUUAAUAGAGAAAAAAAGAGCUAAAUAAUAAUAAUAAUAAGAUGAUGACAGUCAUUUGACUUUGCAAAGCACAUAAAGAGUUCAGGUCUUUGCAAGAAAAGAGAAAAAGGGAAGUUUGAUGCUUUUUGUCAUUUUUUGUCAGAUAAAUAAACCUGGUUUUAUUAAUCACU